AUGGCCAUUACCCCGACUCAAUUCGCCAAGAAGACGGCGCAGUCCGCCAACUGGGCAGAGGCCAAGCGCCGGGUCCUUUCGUCCUACCGCGAGUGGAUAAGAGGAGCGCCCGAGGUGCAGACCAUGUACAACAUGCCCAUGCCCAUCUCCGUCAUCCGCAACCGCAUGAGACAGGAGUUUGAGCGCAACCGCUUCGUCAGCAAGCUAUCGGCCGUCGACGUCCUCCUGUUCAAGUCGCAUGCCGAGUACCAGGAGAUGAUGAACUUUUGGAAGCAAACCACACACGUCAUGGGAUACUUCAAGGAUGAGAACUUUAGAGGAGACGAGAGACUGCCCAGUAGCUUCAUGUCUGGGUUCUUGCAGGGCCGCAACUAG